AUGAGCAUGCUUGAACAGUGGCUUCAGCAUGAAUAUGCACCCCCCACUGUGGAUAACAAAGUCUUCAAGCUUCCCCUGGUCCCAGAGCCAGUACGGCCAAAGCAGUUCCCAUUCCGUGACAGACAGGAUAUCGAGAUCAUCCUUCGUGGCGAAAAGUCAGACCAUUACGCCCGUCUUUGCAAGGAAAACGCGGACCUCGAAGUCUCAUUCAACCCAACCGGCGGAGAUUUUACCAUUACCGAGCGUGUCCAGGACCCAGAAGAGCCAUGCCACUAUCUGGAGGUGAUCGCUCAUCUCAACCGCAAGAACUCGGAGCUUCUGGAUAUCAGAAAAUUCUCUCAAACUACACUACUAAUUGCAUUUGCCAUUGCAGAUGGGAAGCAUCCGUGGAUGGAAUAUCGCCAAGCUGGAUUUCAAAGCGCACGCCUACCCAGCCUUCUUAGCCAAGCUGUCAAAGCAAGAUGGCCGCUCUGCUAUAUCAAAGUCCUCCUUCCACUCUCAAAACACCCUCGUAGCUGGACUGCUCUUCUCGCCCUGAUGACUUUCAAAGGGGUAGACGAUAAAGACCUGAAGGAGGUGAAGGAACUCUACAAAGCUGUGGAAAGAUGCCAGAGCGAGCUGUUUGAUAUCAGCCAGCGCCCAGGAUGCCCUAGCUCGCUUAAGGAGCUGAUCGAUAAGGAAGAGGAAAUGCGCAAGCAUAUUGAAUUAAGAGACCCGAAAACCCGAACUGCGUUGAUCAAGCAUUACGAAAAAUUAGUCGACGACAUUGCCGUUGCCCAGAAACGAACCAUGUGGCUGAAAGAGUCAGAUAGACUUGCUAAAGAGCAGGAAGCUGUUUAUCAAAAGGUUGAACUUGAUAAUUAG